UAAUAUUUAUUUUAAUACACAAUGAAUCCUAUUUACAACUGGAAAUUAGGCGAUAUUGCACUUGGAAGAAUAUGCAAGAAGUUAUAUGCUAAGGUUCAAGUUGUUAAAAAUGAAGAAGGUUUAUUUUAUGACGAAAAAGUUCUAGGUAUAUCCCCGGAUGGUGAUGGGAUAAAGAUAACAAAAGAAUUAUGUUACUACGUGGAAAUUAUAAGAACAAAACAGAGGCUAUGGCUUCCAUACACAGGCAUGUUCCUUGCUCAGCGUUCCAGACCUUUCUACGGAUCGAAUAGAUUGGAACCUAAGAAACCACAGGAAAAACCAGCAGCUCCACCAAGAAAGAGGAAAUUAAAAGAAGAUCACACUCUACCAUUGAAUGUGAAACCAUCCAAAUCUAAGGAGCCUGACCUCAACGUUUCUUAUGAGAUCCGACAAAUGCCAUUAAAACAGAGUAAAUAUGAAAAUGCCUUCAAAGAGUUUGUGAGACGUGGUAAGGAGCAGCUAUUUGAUGAGUAUUAUUUCGCUCUAAUAAACACUAAUGAUGACACCCUGGAUUACUUGCAAAAUGUAGACGCAAGCACGGAGGAUAAAUUUGAGACUGUUAUUAAGAAUAUUGUAUCGGAGAAGGAAAUAGAAAAUUAUUUGCAUCAAUGCUGGAGAUAUAAUCAUGUGUAUAAACAGGUUGAUAAGGAAGUAUCUGAUAGUCGUUCAGCAAGUAACCUGCCAGUCACAGUGCAUACAACCUGGUGUCUAGUGUGCGGAGAAACUGACAGACUGCGAGAAUGUGUGAACUGUCCUGCGUCCUUCCAUACUGUGUGUAGACGGGAGUGGCUGGUAUCUAUUAUACACCGAAAAAAUCCUCCCAAAAAGGAGAAAAAGCCAGUAACAUUAGUUGAGAAGAUUCUAUCUAGCACUAGAACAAUUUGUUCCAUACAAAAAGACAAGGAAAACCUGGAGAUAUGUCCUAGUUGCAUGUGGGGACCUAAAGUUGGUUAUGAUGAUGUAGUAUGGCACAAGUUAGGUUCCUGCCCAUGGUGGCCGGCGAGGGUAUUGACCCCGGGCGCUACCCCAUCCUGUUUGUUGACGCGCUCACAUACGCCGCACCAGUGGCCGCUCAAGUACUAUGGUACACUAAACUAUUCCUGGGGAGACUCAGCACGAAUGUGUCUCUUCCUACCAAAGCAUACUGCAGCACUACAAUCUAGAGAUGAAACUCUACGACAAGCUGUGUUGGACGCUUGUGAUGAUUAUAUAUCUGUUUAUCUUACUUAGAUGGGUUUGUUAAUACAAAAAAAAAUGAAAAAAAAUAUUUUUUGUUAUUAAGUACCAACAUAUUAUUGUCAAAAUAUUUUUUUCAGCGUAAGUGAAGGAAAAAUAAAAAAGUUAUGUUGUAGUUAGAUAUUAACAUGUUAAAAAUAUGCCGCUGAUAAUGAAAACAACAGAAAAGUAAAAAUUCAUAAAAAUAAGUUUUUUGUAGCGGACAUUUUCAAUGAUGAU